UUUAAAUAUACGUAUCGAUAGAUGGCGGGUGAAAAGACCGAGAAGCCGGAUACUAAGGAGAAGAAGCCCCAAGCCAAGAAGGCUGAUGCUGGCGGCAAGGUUAAGAAGGGGAACCUCAAGGCUAAGACGCCUAAGAAGGGGAAGCCCCACUGCAGCCGAAACCCUGUCCUGGUCCGAGGGAUUGGCAGGUAUUCCCGGUCAGCCAUGUAUUCCCGAAAAGCCAUGUACAAGAGGAAAUACUCCGCAGCUAAAUCCAGGGUUGAAAAGAAAAAGAAGGAGAAAGUUAUGGCUACCGUCACUAAGCCAGUUGGUGGCGACAAGAAUGGUGGUACUCGGGUGGUUAAACUUCGUAAAAUGCCUAGAUACUAUCCCACUGAAGACGUGCCUAGAAAGCUGCUGAGCCACGGCAAGAAGCCCUUCAGUCAGCACAAGAGAAAACUGCGGGCCAGCAUCACCCCCGGGACCAUCCUGAUCAUCCUCACUGGGCGCCACAGGGGCAAGAGGGUGAUUUUCCUGAAGCAGCUGGGCAGUGGCUUGCUACUUGUCACUGGACCUCUGUCCUAUAAUCGAGUUCCUCUGCGUAGAACACACCAGAAAUUUGUCAUCGCCACCUCCACUAAACUCGACCUCAGUGGUGUGAAAAUCCCCAAGCAUCUCACUGAUGCCUACUUCAAGAAGAAGAAGCUGCGCAAGCCCAGACACCAGGAGGGGGAGAUCUUCGACACCGAGAAAGAGAAAUACGAGGUUACGGAGCAGCGCAGGCUCGAUCAGAAAGCCGUGGACUCGCAAAUUCUGCCAAAAAUCAAAGCUAUCCCCCAGCUCCAGGGCUACCUCCGCUCGGUGUUUGCUCUCACAAAUGGCCUCUAUCCUCACAAGAUGAAGUUCUGAAUUUCUUUUGAAAAACCUAAUUAAAUAACUGGUCUGUU